UUAUGGAUCGCUGAAUUAGCUGAUUAUCGAACCGUUCGGUCAAGUGGACAGCCAAAAAAUAUUUGUCCCAAAUCUUACUCCUCCAGGCUCCACCCACUCACCCACCAAACCCAAAAUAUAACUAUUAACAAAUCAAAAACAGAAGCAGCACAGAACGGAACGGAAGGAACAGAAAAAGCCCUGCCUUCUGAGUGCUGUUGCCGCAUUUUUGGGUUUCAGAUCUGUCAAUUACUCACCUUCUCCCUCUCCUAAAUUUGGAAGCUGUAUGUAAUUUGAAGACCUCUCAUUGAAACAAUUUAACAGGUUACAGAUUUUGAUAGGUGAUUUGAGCUAACUGUUUCGUUUCAAGUUUCAAGUUUCAAGUUUCAAGUUUCUAGUUUCUUAGUUUGGGUCUCUCUCUCUUUCACUGAUGGCGAAAGAAGAAACGGAGGUUCCUCUGCUCAAAUCUUCAACUACAGGGAGCGCUACAUGGGGUCAAACCCUUGGAAACAUCAUCGUUGUCAUCAUCGGAACAGGCGUCUUAGGCCUCCCUUACGCUUUCAGGGUCGCAGGUUGGCUUGCCGGAGGUCUCGGAGUAAUCAUCGCCAGUAUCUCCAUUUACUACUGUAUGCUUCUUCUCGUUCAGUGCAGGGACACAUUAUCUUCUUCUUCUUCAUCGUCUGAUGAUGAAUCCGAUGAAGUACACACAUAUGGCGAUUUGGGUUUCAAAGCCUUCGGAAAAAUGGGUCGGUAUCUCACUGAGUUCCUCAUAGUUCUUUCCCAAUUCGGAGGUGCUGUAGCUUAUCUGAUCUUCAUCGGCCAUAACUUGUCGUCUAGAUUCAGAACCCACCACAUCAGCUCCUCUUCAUUCAUAUUCCUUCUUGUCCCAAUGGAAAUCGCUCUUUCUUGGUUUCGUUCCCUCUCUGCUCUCGCCCCGUUUAGUAUCUUUGCCGAUAUCUGUAACGCAUUAGCCAUGGCCAUCGUAGUCAAGCAAGACCUCCAACUGUUCGACGGUUUGUCCGAGAGAAAAACGAUAACCAGCCUUGCUGCGCUGCCAUUCGCGGCAGGCGUUGCGGUGUUCUGUUAUGAAGGUUUUGGUAUGACAUUGGCAUUAGAGGCGUCGAUGAGUGAAAGGAGGAGAUUUCCAUGGGUUCUCGCAAUUGCUUUCUCAGGGAUAACGCUUGUGUAUGUGUUGUUUGGGUUCUUCGGAUACUUGGCUUUUGGUGAGCGGACGAGAGACAUUAUAACAAUCAAUCUACCGAAUGAUUGGUCCUCUACGGCUGUUAAGAUCGGGCUGUGUGUGGGUCUGACGUUCACUUUCCCAAUCAUGAUGCACCCCAUUAAUGAGAUCAUAGAGGGAAAGCUGAAACAAAGGGAGUGGUUUCAGAAACUCUGCCUUAACAAUAAUUCUAGUAGAGGAGGAAGGGCAAGAGAGAGGUUUUUCGUGUAUGUGAGCAGAGCCUUUGUGGUGUUGGUGGCGGCGGUGGUGGCCUCGUCGGUUCCGGGUUUCGGUGUGUUCGUGUCGAUGGUGGGAAGCACCGUAUCUGCGAUGCUAUCCUUUGUUUUGCCGACCACGUUUCAUCUCAUGUUCUGCGGCAGUUGUAUGCGUUUGUGGCAGAGGGUUUUGGAUAUCUGCAUCUUGAGUUGUGGGUUGGCUUUUGCUGCUUAUGGCACUUACAAUGCUGCAUCCAAGUGGGAUACCAAAGGUGCAUUUUGAGAAGUCACUUUGAAGCAUCAUCAUGUAUCUCUUCUUCAGGCUGUAGUUGUUGUACACUAUACUAUACUAUACUAUGGUGGUAUUUAUACAACAAGUUUGUUCUCAUUACGAGCAAAAAGGAUAAGACUUCUGGUGAGUGUCGUGGAAACACUUCAGUAUCGGGCGAUCCGUAUCGGUUUGGUAGAUCUACUUCAACCAAGGGGGCUGGUAAUUAAAUUAGAUUGAUGGUGCUUCUUCUACAAAAUGCUCCGGCACCCACUCUUCUCUCUUUGAGGCUGCUCUAUGCCUAAAAAGAUAUAUGAAGACCAAGUGGAAUCAUCCAUCAACCAUGUUUGGGUCUUGUUGCGACUAGAAAUCGUCCUAGGCCUUCCUUGGUUCUUGCAAAGAGGAAUAAAUGAAAGAGAGUGAGUGCCGGGUUGAUCUAGCAGGGGAUACUCCAAUGUCUAAGUCAGAUUUGUAUGCAAACAGAUAGUUCCAGUUAGAAUGGAAAAUGUCAAUCUCUUGAAAAGGAGUUUGGAUGUGUUUUUUAUAAUUGGAAAUGGCAAUUGCUUGUGAAGAGCCCUGGUUUGGAAGUUGUCCAUUGUGGGUAGGAGUCUCAAUCUAAUAAAUAUUAUAUUGAGAGUGAUUGUGGAGAUCGCUUUUGUUAUGGAAGUGUUGCCAUAUUGGCCAUAUCCCAGUGAAUAUGGUGAGAUACCCUUCCUUUGAGGGAAAAUUUGUUAUUUCAAUGAAUGUCCUUCCUUGA